AUUCUUCUUUUGAAAAUGGCAUCCUUCCGUUCUACACUCGCCCUUGUCAAUUCUGCUAAGCUUUCGCUGUCCACAAGAACCAUGGCUUCCCAUCCAUUGGCAGGACUUCUCGGAAAGUUGAACCACGUCGCCAUUGCCACACCAGAUCUCAAGAAAUCAUCGGAAUUCUACAAGGGCCUCGGAGCAAAAGUUAGCGAGGCUGUGCCACAACCAGAACAUGGAGUCUACACUGUCUUCGUUGAGCUUCCAAACUCAAAAAUCGAGCUUCUUCAUCCAUUCGGCGAGAAAUCUCCAAUUCAAGCUUUUUUGAAUAAGAAUAAGGACGGUGGAAUGCAUCAUAUUUGUAUUGAAGUUCGUGAUAUUCAUGAAGCUGUUUCUGCUGUUAAAACAAAAGGAAUUCGUACUUUGGGUGAGAAACCAAAAAUUGGAGCUCAUGGAAAAGAAGUAAUGUUCUUGCAUCCAAAGGAUUGUGGAGGUGUACUUAUUGAACUCGAGCAGGAAUAAUUUGAUUCUUUGUUCCCAAAAUCUAGCAAUCAUAUUAUCUGUUUGACAAAGUUUUGAUCUUCACUUUUUUGUGAGAAACUUCACAAAUUUUAAAUUUCGCAAAAGUUCUCUCAAAAUUUUUUAUUGGCAGCCUAUAACUUUUGAAAAAUCGAUAAUAUGAUAUAAAUUACAAAAAAAAAAACUAUAAACCUUUCUUUUAGCACCCAGUAUUUUGCAUAGAGAUUAAUUUUUGAUACGUUUUAAUCUGUUCACAUGUUUUAUUGUUUCUUGUGCCAUAAUAAUUGCCUACAACUUCAAUAAAUUGUUU